CAACAUGAAAGUACGCUCGUCUGUGUUCGCCUCCUUCAUUUUAAUAUUUGAAGUUCUCGGUGUUGUCCUGUUCCUGCGUGGAUUUUUCCCCGUUCCUGUCAAGUCUUCGUUUUCAUCCAAGAGCAGGUUGUCAGAUGUUCCUGCGGAGCCUCUGGCAGGAGGCUCCUCUAACUCCACCCGCCUGCCGCAGCCCCUGUUCAAACGGCUUGUUGUGAUGUUAGUGGACGCUCUCCGGGAGGACUUCGUGUUUGGAGACAGUGGCCGCCUGUUCCUGCCCUACACCCGGCGGCUGGUGGAGAGGGGCUCAUCCCACAGCUUCGUGGCCAAGGCGAGGGCUCCCACAGUCACCAUGCCCAGGAUCAAGGCUCUCACCACUGGCAGCAUCCCAGGCUUCAUUGAUGUGGUCAUGAACCUGAAUUCCCCUGCACUGUUGGAAGACAACCUCAUAUGGCAGGCCAAAACAGCAGGGAAAAGGAUCAUCUUCUAUGGAGAUGACACUUGGGUGCGCCUCUUUCCAAAACACUUCAUGGAGUACGAUGGAACCACGUCCUUCUUUGUGUCCGACUACACCGAGGUUGACAACAACAUCACCCGUCACUUGGACAGCACCCUUAAGAGAGAUGACUGGGACAUUUUGAUCCUCCACUACCUGGGCUUGGACCAUAUUGGCCACAUCAGCGGACCCCAUAGCUCACUCAUCCAACCCAAACUGCUGGAAAUGGACGACAUCCUGAAAAAGAUCCACAGUUCUCUUGUCUCAAAGGAGGAAGAGGGAUCCUUGCCCUACCUGCUGGUGCUGUGUGGAGAUCAUGGCAUGUCGGAAACCGGCAGCCACGGUGGCUCGUCUGAGCCAGAAGUCAACACGCCUCUGGUUCUCAUAAGUCCAGCUUUCAAAAGGAAAGUGGGCAUGGAGAAUCCUGGAGUGGUGGAGCAGGUUGACCUGACUCCUACACUGGCCCUGGGACUGGGCCUCCCCAUUUCUCAGAACAGUGUUGGCCAUGUCAUCCCGGGUGUGUUGGAGGAGAGCUCCAUCCGAGAUCAGCUUCGCUUCCUUCAUCUCAAUGGCCACCAGCUUAGCUGCCUGCUCAAAGACAGCAUACCUGACUACAAGAAAGAUGUGGGCUUUGAGCAGUUUCGUGUAGCAGAAAAGGCUCAUGGGAACUGGAUGAAGCUCUACCUUGAAGGAAACACCUCUGAGGUGCUGACCAACAUGGGCAAAAAAGUCCUGAAGCAGUAUCUUGAGGCGCUAGCUGCCAUGAGCUCUGCUUUGAGCAAACAGCUGGGAAAGUACGAUAUGUACUCGAUGAUCGCAGGCAUGAUCUUUGUAUUUCAGCUCUUGUUGGUCUUACUGUUGGCCAUGCCUGAAGCACUGAGCGGUUCUGCAGCAGUGGACCUUCCAGUUCUCUCGUCUUUGUUGUCCCUUCCUUUCUACCUUUUGUGCCUGCUCCUUGCUUCAGUGCACGUGUUGGUGUGUACAUCUGCAGAGAGCUCCUGUUAUUUCUGCAGCCUUUCCUGGGGCCUGGUGUUUGCUGCUGUUGCCUUCUCCUCAGCAAUGUUUUGCAUCCUGGUCUCAUUUUUGGCACAGCGACUCCCCCUCGCUAUAAAGAUUCAUGGGAAGUCUCCACUGAAGAACACCAGUAGUGAUUGGUCAUUCUCAGAGUUGGACAUUUUGCUGCUGGCAGGAACUGUCGGUCACACACUCAGCUUGGCAGCAAGCAGUUUUGUAGAGGAGGAGCAUCAGACCUGGUAUUUCCUGCUCAACACACUCUGCCUCGCCAUUUUUCAGGAUGUCUGCCGCAAGUACUUUAGAGAGCAGAACGGCGCCGGACAUGAAGAUGAGAAUAUCCUACCUUCCAAAGACAGUCAUUUCUCUGUUCACCACAAAUCAGGGAUGUGCUCAGAGAAGUGGUUAGCCUUGGCUACUUCACCCUUCACACUAGUUUGCUGCAGACUGCUGCGCUCCCUCAACCAAACGGGAGUUCAGUGGGCUCAUCUUCCUGAUGUCGGCCAUUGGCUUAACAGCUCUGAACACAAGAUGGUACUCUCGCUGCUGUCUGUCUUCUGUUUGGUUGUGAUCUACCUCCUGGUUCAAAGACACUGCUCAUUGGUCUCCAAGGUCGCCCUGGCUCUUGGACUUCUGGGCGUCUACAGCUACCGGGCCGCUGUUGGCAAUGUCGUGUUUCCCUGGCAGCACUCGAGUGGAACAGCAUCCAAGGGAACAGUGGAGGCUCGCUUUGUUUACAUCUUCGUUUUGGGCAUCCUCUUCUCGGGCACCAAGGACCUGCUGCGAUCCCAGAUCCUUACAGCAGAUGCCAAACUAAAGAGCCGAGGAUUAUGGGAGAUAUACAGCGGAUUGGUUUUGUUGGUUGCACUCUUGUUUCGUGCUCACAACCUGCCAGUACUCUGCUGCUGCAUUUUGAUCCAGACUCUAAUGGCUCAAUUUAUCUGGAAGAAGCUCCAAUACGAUGCAGCCCAGACCACCAUCAUGCACUACUGGUUUGGUCAAGCCUUCUUUUACUUCCAGGGAAACUCAAACAGCAUAGCCACUGUCGACAUUUCAGUUGGCUUUGUUGGACUAGAAAGCUACAUUGAAGCCCCGGCUGUCUUUUUAACAGCUGUCAGCACCUACGCAGGUCCUCUGCUGUGGGCGUGUCACCUGGUCUGCUACCUGAGCUCAGAAAAUGAAAGGAGCCCAGUCACCGUUAGCCACGGUUGCUACUGUUUGGCCCUGCUCCGGUCCGUGCCAGCUGCAGCCUACAUCGUUCUGGUGACAGUCCUGCGCUACCAUCUCUUCAUAUGGAGUGUCUUCUCGCCCAAACUGCUAUAUGAGUCCAUGCACCUCCUGCUGACAGCAGGAGUCUGUCUUUUCUUCAUCACGAUGGAGCAAAGUCACGACUUGACUGCGUCAGUGUUCGCUUGCCCCCUCCCAGCUUUUCCUCUCAUCCUGCUUGAACCGCAGCAGCCUAAACAGGAAAGCAUCGGCUCACCGGAGAGAGGAGGUGCAAAUAACGAGAUGAACCGUGGCAGUACUCCAGUUAACAGCAUCAGACUCAGGGUCCUGCUGCUCCUCGCACCCAACACAAACACAUAGUUCCACGUUGAGUUUCCCGCUGUGACAGAUCAAAGCAUCUGCUCGAAGAAUAAAAAAACAAAACAAAUUUUGAGCUGAGUCUGUCUCGGCCAAAAAGGUUCAAGAAAGCUAAACUUGAGUGUGAGGGAGAUGCCAGACAAUGUUCACGCCCACACAUUUCUAAGAAAAUGGUUUAAUUAGGCAGCAUUAAUGAAAAUACCUGUGUGGGUGAAACCUGGGGGUGUGGAGUGCAAACACUUUUCUGAAGAAUGAAACUGUUCAGUAAAUUGUGAUUUUCUCA